GGGGCGGGCUGAAAGUUGGAGCAAGCAGGAAGUGAACCGAGGGCCGCCCCGGGAGGAAACAGACUAGGCGAAUUCUGCUUCUGACAGGCCUGAGCCGCUGAGACAUGGAGGAGGCCAGUGGAGGUGGAGGAAAUGACCAAGUGCGGAACCUGCAGAAUGAGGUGGAGGGAGUCAAGAAUAUUAUGACCCAGAAUGUGGAGCGGAUUCUGGCCCGAGGAGAAAACUUGGACCAUCUCCGCAAUAAGACAGAGGAUCUGGAAGCCACAUCAGAGCACUUCAAGACAACAUCGCAGAAGGUGGCUCGGAAGUUCUGGUGGAAGAACGUGAAGAUGAUUGUCAUCAUCUGCGUGAUUGUUUUUAUCAUCAUCCUCUUCAUUGUGCUCUUUGCCACUAAUGUCAUCCCCUAAGUAACUUAGGGAACCCUUCUCACCCUGCCCUCCUCUUCGGGUUUACCCUCCAUGGUGGUCACCAGGAGGGGCCCUCUUUCCUGUCCUUCUCCACAGGGAAGCUGCUCAGUCCUCCAGCCCCUGACUCUGAGGCCCCUCUACCAAUUGUCUGCCCCAGGGAGUACCUUUGUCCCCCCCCCCCCCCCAAAGGAGAGAGCUGGACUGUGGCUGCAUUUCACGGGUCCUCAGAGUUGGUUGGAGAGACCCAGAGGGCCCAGCAUGUGGCUGGGACACUGACAGUGGCUGGUAGGCAAUAAAGAACCUUCAGUAUCCCUAA